AGUUGGUCUCAGACCUCCUACAUAAAGACAAAAUCCGCAGACAACAGGUAAUGUACGUUCAAAGGAAGUUUAUUCAACAGUCUGAUUUGUGAAGUGACAUUCACAAAAAGUGAGCCUACAUGAGAGAGGAGUCCUUCACUCGGAUUACAGUUAACAUAUUAUUUUACCCAUUGGUCAAAAGUAUAGAUAAGACUCUUAUUCUGAAGGAUUCCAAAAAUCCGUGACCCGGAAAGUACUUAGUUAUUCUUGUCUGCUUCACAACGGUAGUACUGAGAAUAUACCGGGGAGUGAAACACACAUUUGCCGGCAGAACAACACCGAAAGAGCGGCAAACGGUUCACGUUUAUGGUUCGAAGAACAAACGUCAAGUAAUUGUUAUUUGCGUGGCAUCUGAUGACGACGAGAAACUCGGAACGACUGAGGUAGCAUUAAAACCGUUCAGGAAUAGGAGCCGUCUGUCGAGUCUCCGAGAAAUAUUUUCAGAGACUUCAGUUUUUUUAAAUAAAUAUUUUUGUCUGCUGGGAAUAUUUAGUGCUCCGACGAACAUAAAGAGAUACGUUGUUUAACUUGUGCGGGUUGACAACAACGGGGGCAAUUUGGGAGGACCUCUGGUUAAGUGGAUACCGCAAGCGGCCCGUGUCCACAUCAGCGACAAAAGCCAGGGUGUCGGCUUGAGAGUCGUCGGGUGGAAAAUCUCCAACACCGGAGCGUCAGCGCUGAAUAAAUAGCGUCGUAUGAACAGGAGCUGCGCCGAGAUUUGACCAUUGGGAGCCGGGGAGUAUCCGGACAGAGACCUCAUGAAUGGAAAUCGGAACUUCAGGAGAUGUUGGGGCCCAGGCCCUAUUCUCAGUGCCUCGGCGGCCUGGCUUUGGCACCAUGGGGAAGCCUAUCAAGCUACUGGCCAACUGCUUCCAGGUGGAUAUCCCCAAGAUGGACGUCUACCUCUAUGAAGUAGACAUCAAGCCUGAGAAGUGCCCGCGUCGCGUCAAUAGAGAGGUGGUGGACUCCAUGGUGAAGCACUUCAAGGUGACCAUCUUUGGGGACCGAAGGCCAGUCUACGAUGGGAAGAGGAGCCUCUACACAGCCAACCCCCUACCAGUCGCCACAGCGGGGGUGGAUCUGGACGUCACCCUGCCAGGGGAGGGGGGUAAGGAUCGCCCCUUCAAAGUGUCUAUCAAGUUUGUGUCGCUAGUCAGCUGGCACAUGCUGCACGAGGUCCUGAUGGGGCGCACCAUGCCUGAGCCCUUGGAGCUGGACAAGCCCAUCAGCACCAACCCUGUACACGCUGUGGACGUGGUGCUGCGACACCUGCCUUCCAUGAAGUACACCCCAGUGGGGCGCUCCUUCUUCUCCUCCCCAGAGGGUUACGACCACCCCCUGGGCGGGGGCAGGGAGGUGUGGUUCGGCUUCCACCAGUCGGUGCGGCCCGCCAUGUGGAAGAUGAUGCUCAACAUUGACGUAUCGGCUACGGCGUUCUACAAGGCCCAGCCGGUGAUCCAGUUCAUGUGUGAGGUCCUGGACAUCCACAACAUAGACGAGCAGCCCCGGCCCCUCACUGACUCCCACAGGGUCAAGUUCACCAAAGAGAUCAAAGGUCUGAAGGUGGAAGUGACCCACUGUGGGACGAUGCGGAGGAAGUACAGAGUGUGUAACGUGACCCGCCGCCCUGCCAGCCACCAGACGUUCCCCCUGCAGCUGGAGAAUGGUCAGACAGUGGAGCGCACGGUGGCCCAGUACUUCAGAGAGAAGUACAGCCUGCAGCUGAAGUACCCCCACCUCCCCUGCCUACAGGUGGGCCAGGAGCAGAAACACACCUACCUGCCACUGGAGGUGUGCAACAUAGUAGCUGGCCAGCGCUGUAUAAAAAAACUCACUGAUAACCAGACGUCCACCAUGAUCAAAGCCACGGCCCGCUCUGCCCCAGACAGACAGGAGGAGAUCAGCAGGCUGGUGCGGAGUGCGAACUAUGAGGCGGACCCGUUCGUCCAGGAGUUUCAGUUCCGCGUGCGUGACGAGAUGGCUCAGGUGACUGGUCGUGUGCUGCCGGCCCCCGGGCUGCAGUACGGUGGCAGGGCAAGCUUGGAACACUUCAUGCCCCAGCAGAUGAACCCUGCGGUGUCGUUGCAGAACCGCACGGUGGCCACGCCCAGCCACGGUGUGUGGGACAUGAGGGGCAAACAGUUCCACACCGGGGUGGAGAUCAAGAUGUGGGCCAUCGCCUGCUUCGCCACGCAGAGGCAGUGUCGCGAGGAGAUCCUCAAGGGUUUUACUGACCAGCUGCGUAAGAUCUCUAAGGAUGCUGGGAUGCCAAUCCAGGGCCAGCCAUGUUUCUGUAAGUACGCUCAGGGAUCAGACAGCGUGGAGCCCAUGUUCAGGCACCUGAAGAACACCUAUGCUGGCCUGCAGCUCAUCAUCGUCAUCCUGCCUGGGAAGACCCCAGUCUAUGCUGAGGUGAAGCGGGUUGGAGACACCCUCCUCGGCAUGGCCACUCAGUGUGUCCAGGUGAAGAACGUGGUGAAGACAUCCCCUCAGACCCUCUCCAACCUCUGCCUCAAGAUCAACGUCAAACUGGGGGGCAUCAACAACAUCCUGGUGCCACACCAACGUCCCUCAGUGUUCCAGCAGCCUGUUAUCUUCCUGGGGGCCGACGUCACUCAUCCUCCAGCCGGAGAUGGAAAGAAGCCAUCCAUUGCAGCGGUGGUGGGCAGUAUGGAUGCCCACCCCAGCAGGUACUGUGCCACAGUGAGGGUCCAGAGACCCAGACAGGAGGUGAUCCAGGACCUGGCCUCCAUGGUGCGGGAGCUCCUCAUCCAGUUCUACAAGUCCACCCGCUACAAACCCACCAGAAUCAUAUUUUACAGGGAUGGAGUGUCAGAGGGACAGUUCAGACAGGUGCUGUACUAUGAGCUGCUGGCCAUUAGAGAGGCCUGUAUCAUGUUGGAGAAGGAGUACCAGCCGGGCAUCACCUACAUCGUGGUGCAGAAGCGCCACCACACGCGCCUCUUCUGUGCCGACCGCAACGAGCGGGUUGGACGGAGUGGUAACAUUCCUGCAGGCACCACUGUGGACACAGACAUCACCCACCCCUAUGAGUUUGACUUUUACCUCUGCAGCCAUGCAGGAAUACAGGGUACGAGCCGACCUUCCCACUACCACGUCCUGUGGGACGACAACUGCUUCACGGCUGACGAGUUCCAGCUGCUCACCUACCAGCUGUGCCACACCUACGUGCGCUGCACCCGCUCAGUCUCCAUCCCCGCCCCAGCCUACUACGCCCACCUGGUGGCCUUCCGUGCCCGCUACCACCUGGUGGACAAAGAACAUGACAGUGCGGAGGGAAGCCAUGUCUCAGGGCAGAGUAAUGGCCGAGACCCCACGGCCCUCGCCAAGGCUGUCCAGAUUCAUCACGACACACUGAGGACCAUGUACUUCGCCUGAGAGCUAGAAUACCCCUAUCAGCCUCUGUGUCCUCGUGGGAGUCAGCCUUGUCGGUCUCACAUUGGACCCUGGGCUGGUGCAGCUCUGGUCCUGACAAGGGGAUGCCAAGCUGCUAAGGAUAA